CGCACGUAGCAUGGUGGAGCUCACGCGGGCGCAGCAGCUCCUCGCGGCCAAGUCGCUGGCCGUCAAGCGUGAAAAGCAGGCGGCGACCGCCUCCAAGCAGCAGCUCGACGACGCGCGGCGCAUCGAGAUCUCGCGGAAGCGCGACCUGGCCCUCGAGCACAAGCGAUCGCAUGGCACCAAAGUACUCGCGCACUACGUCGAGCGCAACCUCGCAGCGUUUGCGAUGCGGGAGCCGCCGCGGGCCAAGCUCAAAGACGCCGCGCCGGGCCGACGCCAGCCCGAGCGGUCGCAGUCGAGUCCGGCGCCAGCAACCAUCGACCAGCGGCGCGAGCCAGAUGUGCACCACCGGCCACCGCGCCAGCAGCCGCCCAACGCAUGGGCCAAAAUGUACGCGCUGGAGCAAGUCGAGGUGCAGGCCGAGGAGCAGCGGCGGCGGCAAGUGGCUCUGGCGAAGCGCGCCGAUCUGAAGCGAGCGCUUGACGCGCAGCAGAGCAGCAAGCUGCACCAAGUCGCCGCCGCCAAGUCGGUCGAGCACGCUCACUUUGAGCAGCAGCAGCGCGACUUGGCGGCCUACGAGCUGCUCCAACAACAAAAGCAAAUUGAAAAGGAAAGAAAGCAGCUGCAAGACAACGCCGACGUCCAGCGCAUGGCAGACGAGGCACGGCAGCGCAAGGCGCGGCAGCGCAACGCAGAGAUCCAGGCCGAGCUCGACGACGUCGCGCGCACCAAGGCGGCGCUCGAGCAAGACCGGCUGCGACGCGAGCACGAGAAGCUUCUCAAGGCCAAGGAGGUCGAGCGCGUGAAGCUCGAAAACCAAAGGCUCCUCGACGAAAAACGCAAGGCGGUGCUGGCGGACCAAGACCUCGACCGACUCGUGCACAAGCGGUACAUGGAGCGCCUCGCCGAACAGGAGCGGCAGCGCGUCGAGGCGCUCGAGCGCACGUACGCCCGCCAAGAGAAGCGCGUCAACAUGGCCCUUCUCAACGUCGUCUCGGAGGCGGAGAAGGCGCGGAUCGACGAAGAGCGCGCGAAUCGCGUGCAAGCUGACGUUGACGCGCGCAAGGCCGCGAUGGAAGCGGCCAAGAAAGCCCGCCAAGAAGAGAGCAACCAGCGCCAGCGCGACGCGCUCGAGAAGCAGCACGCCGACCGCGUCUUGGCCAUGAAGCGAGAAAAAGAGUCGAGUCUGCAAGCCGAGAAGGCGUGGAUCCAGGAUACGUUGGCGGCCGAAGUCCACGCACGGGCCAAGCAAGCGGCCAAGCACGCCCAAGACAAGGCGUACCGCGAGCAAUUGGCCCAGCAAAUGCGCUCCGAGCAGCGCAAGCGUGAGACGACCGACAAGUGGGCCAUGGACGCGACCGAGAUGAUCCUGAACGCCGACCGACUGCGCAAGGCCGGCGUGCCCGUCCCAUCCACGACCCAUUGAUGCCGACAUAUCUAAUUUAUCGAGUCCAUUCUUGUCCUCGUGCGCUCGGAAAGGAG